GUUGCCUUACAAAUAGACAUCAUGAAUGAACUGAAGGAUCAUUAAUGUUUUUGUUUGUCUUGGUUGUAGAAUGACUUUUAAUACAACACUUCCCCAUUAUGCCCACUCUGAGGUCUCAAACCAGCAUGAGAACACUACAGUGGACCCUGAAGCCAUUACAAAAGCAGUCAGCAUUGUCUUCCUCUCCAUCAUCAUUCUCUUCGGCUCCACUGGGAACUCUGUGGUCAUCUGGGUUGCCAGCUUCCGCAUGAAGCCCAGUGUCACUAAUGUGUGGUUGGUCAACCUCGCUGUAGCUGACCUGAUCUUCUGCCUGACACGAGUCCUAUCAAUCUCAAGCCUUUUCUUUGACUACUGGCCUUUUGGAGUCUUUCUCUGCAAGUUCAAUGGUUUCUUCAAGUACGCCAACAUGUUCUGCAGUGUUUUCCUUCUGGCUGUCAUCAGUGUGGAUCGAGCGCUUUGCAUUUGCCGCCCAGUGUUCACCAGGAAACGACGGACGUUAUGUGCAGCUCGUGUGGUCAGUGUGGGAGUUUGGAUUGUGGCCGUGAUCUUUAGUUCACCGUUCUUUGUGUACCGGCAGGUCUACCCUGGUGACAACAACUUGACCAAGUGCUCACUGAAGGAGAAAGGAAGAGCAGAGAAUGCGUACUACUUUAUUCGUUUCAUCUGUGGAUUCCUGUUGCCCUUCAUGGUCAUCCUUAUCAGUUACAUACUAGCUGCGGUUGGGAUACGCAGGACGCGGCUCUCUGGCAAAUCGAGGCCUCUGCGGAUUCUUGCUGUAGUGGUCAGUGCUUUUUUCCUAUGUUGGGCCCCCUACCACUUUCUAGGACUGGUCAAAUUGGCGCAUACAGACAACACGUCAGUAAAAAUAGGAUGGAGUUUGGCUUCGAACUUAGCCUAUUUCAACAGCUGCGUUAACCCAGUGCUGUACUUCUGCAUGGGACUGGAUGUUAGACGGCAAUGUAACCAAAACCUGUCAGGGAUUUUUCAUAGAGCUCUUAUGGAGGAAAGUCACUUCAUGCAGUCUCAGGAACGCAUAAGGAACGGAAGCUGUAAUUCUUUUUCAAAGACUGCUGACACUGUGCAUAUGACUAAUGUUUAAGAGAAAUUUGUUCUUGAAACUUUUUCCCUAUAGCCUAUCCAGUUUGUCAUUGUAAAUAGAAACAAAAUGUAUAUCUUGCAAUGUAUAUCCUGCUUUUUAUGUUUUUUUAGUUUUUAGAUGAGAUUUAUAGCGUUAAAAUUAUCCUAUGCUGCCUGCUUUGCGUGCUCUGCAGGUUCAAUCUAAAGACAUAUAUUUAAAAAAUGAACCCAGAUCCAAAUAAGAAAAGUUAAUUCACCAUUAUAUUGUCCAAUUGGAACUAUCAGCCUUUCCCCAUAAUAAUGGGAGCUGUACUUUUCUACUGAAAUACAGCAACAUUUAACCUGUAAAAAUGAAUGCGCAAAUUGGGGCAACAGAU